AUGGAGGAAGACGACUCGUUUGACUUCGACGCAUUUUUGCGUGAGCACGCCAACUUUGACUUGCCUCCCAUCCCCGCCUACGGCAAGGACGACUAUGAUGAGGACGCCGAAGACCACAACGACGAUCCCGAGACAGAGGAUGGCUUCAUGUUCGAAGAGUCCUUGGCCACCGAGACAGGAAGUUUAGCCACCGCAACCAACAAUACGGCCGACAACACGGCCGACGACGUGAUCUAUAGUAUCUACCAGCCCAAAAACGCUGCCCAAAAGGCGGACGAUACAUCUUACAAGCCGAACGAUGCGCCUCACGAGUCCAACAAGUCUACUUACAGACCGAACAAUGCGGCCUACAAUCGAAACAUUUCAACCUACCAGCAAACCAACGCGGCCUACAAUCCAAACUUUACAACUUACCCGGCGCCUGAAACGACCAACUAUCCUAGCGACAAAACCCACCAGCCGAGCCAUCCAUCGUACAAUCCAAAGACUACUACCUACCACCAGACCAACGGAGCCUACGAUCCGAAUACUACUACUUAUCCGGCACCUCACGCGACCUACAACCCUAGCGACAAAGGCCACAAGCAGAGCAAUACAUCAUACGAGCCGAGCGACACGGCCGAAAAGGCGAGCAUUACUACCAACGAGCCAGCCAACGCGACCGGGGUGAAGAACACCAAUCAAGCUACCCACCCUUUGUCGGAGAUUUCCACCGUCAGUCUGACUAACAAGAAGAAGGCCGAACAGGAACCUACCCAACCCGAUGGCACCAGCAACAUCAUCCAAGUUGCUCAUUCUACCAAUUACCACGACUACCGAGCCGAGCUUAACCAUGGUAUUGCUAUCACUGUCGCUCAAGCCCAUCAGGGUAUCGUCCCGAAGGCCGCUUUGCCCGGCGACUAUGCUCCUGUUCCCCCUACAAUCCAUGCCGAUGCGCACAUUGUCCGUCCGGCCACUUUACUGACCGGCCAUUCCAACAUGAGCCACGCCCAGUUGAACAUCCUCACUUCUGUUCAAGGCCACCAGGACCGGACAUCUGCCGCUAUUCCAGCCGCUAAGUUGAAUGCCCCCGCUUCUAAGGCGCCGCUCCUGGAGCCCCUCGAUCACGGUGUCCUGUGCCAACGUUGCAACCAGAAAUCAAUCUGGCAGCCUGGUACGGCUUUCUGCUUUGGAUGCAUGAGUGCCCCGCCCAGCGAGAGACUUCAGCAAGAGAUCAUCGCUCGCCAAAUGCGUGGCAUCUGGUCCUGCACUCAGUGCUUCCACGAGGCCGACAAUGGUGCUGGAAAGCACUGCCACAGUUGCCACCAGCGCCAGGUCGAGAAAAACAACCGCGCCAGACUCAGGAGGGAGGCGGGCGUGACUUGGGUGCCUCGUUACGUCCAGAAUGGUGGCGUCCAGAAGCCCAAGUCUAACAGACCCAAACGGUCAUCCAAAGCGAGCCGCGACGCAAAGACCGAGGCCAUUAAGAAGGGAUUGAACAGGAAGUAA